UGCAAUCCAGCAUGCCGCAACAACCAAGUCUGUGUGCUCUCGACGUGUGUAGCCAGAGCUCCCACCUCACCUGUAGAAGAUUCAGACUGCAGUCCACCAUGCCCUGAUGAUAUGGAGUGUUUUAUGUCCGCAUGUAUCCCGAAGCCUUAUCCUCAACCGAGAUAUCCGUCAGCAGGUGAAUCCGAUUGA